ACACACAGUGCAGACAGAGAGACACAAGGAGACAGAGACAGGGAGGUAAAUAUCAGUGGUGAGACAGCAGAGGAGGAUACAAAUUUUGUGGAAAAGACUGAAGAGCUCAUCGAAGAAAGCGAAAAAAAAAAUAGUUUGAAAGCUGAAAAUAAGCAUUGGAUAAGUAUCUGAACAUCAUGGAUGGAGAAUCACCCACUCAGGAGACAUCAGGCUGUGAGGAUGUGACUGACCAGACUGACAAGAACAACAACAGCCAGGUAGACGAGUCAGUGCCAGAGGAGUGCAAAGACCCAGACAAUGAGCCUCCAGCAGGAAAAACAGCAGAAGGUCAGGGGGUAAUGGCAAAGAUGACAGAGAAGGGUGAGGAAGAUACUGCACUCAAAGAGGAAACACAGAAAGCAGGUGCCGGAGAUAAAGAUGAGACAGAGGCAGUGUCAAAGCAAACUGAAGGUGUCUCUGAAGAAGACAGACAAGAUAAAGACAAAACAUCCGCUGACGUUGACAUGAAGGAUCCUGAACCAGCACGAGGUGAAAAAGAAGAGGAUGAAGACAAGACAGGGAGACAGUCAGAGGGGGAUACAAACUGUGAGACGGAGAAACAUGAAGAGGACAUGAAGGGGAAGAAAAAGGAGAAAGACGAGAGUAAAACAGAGGAGAAGGGGAAGGAGGAAGACAAAGAAACAAAGGGAGGGGAUGACAAAAAACAAGGCAAAGAAGAGGAGGUAGAAGCAAAGGACAAAGGAAAUGUCAAAGAGGCAGAAAAACAAGGGAAGACAAAAAGAAAGACUGGAUCCACAUCUUCCUCUGCACCUCGUGCUCUGCCUCGACCUCGACCCUCUGCCCGCUCUAUUAGAGCAUCAGCUAAAAAUGACAUCAUUGCAAAGUUCCAACAGGGCGCACCUGAGACGCCACUACCACGUAACUUCAAGAUCCAGAGGUCAGCUGCAGCCGGGGCCAUGGGGGCUUCCAUCAAACAGAAGAUCCUGCAGUGGUGUUGCAACAAAACUCGCAAAUAUGAAGGCAUCAAUAUAGAAAACUUCUCAUCAUCCUGGUGCGAUGGAAUGGCAUUUUGUGCUCUGAUUCAUCGGUUCUUUCCUGAUGCCUUUGACUUUAACUCCCUGAAUCCAAAAGACAGGGAAAAGAACUUUACUUUGGCCUUCCAAACGGCAGAGUCCCUGGCUGACUGCUGCCCCCUGCUGGAGGUUUCUGACAUGCUCAUGAUGGGCGACCACCCUGAUCCCAUGUGUGUGUUCACCUACGUCCAGUCCCUCUGUCACAGCCUCUCCAAAAUAGAAAAAGAGAGAAAAGAAAAAGAGGAGAAAGAAAAGGCUGCUAAGGAGGUAGAGGAAAGAGAAGAGGAUGGAGCUGAAGUAUCAACAGAAAAAGAUGAAGGACAGUCUGUAGAUGAUGCAGAGGCAGAGGAGGAUGGAUCAAAGAGCCCUGAGAUGGAAGAUGCUGCAUUAGUUGAAACAGCAUCAUAGACGAAAAGAAAUCAAAAAGACUGAAAAGACCAAAGAGGAAAGACUGUUGAGCUACUGCAGUGAGCAAGUCUUAGUCUGGCACUGGACUGACCCAUGGAUGACUAUAAAUACUGUCAGUGUGAUGCUACACAGACCUGUGUUGAGUUUCAUCGUGUGUUAUGCUGUGAGGUUUUCAUUCAUGCACUGUUCUGUUACUGUACAUGUUUGAUUUUAAGAACACAACCUAUUAAUGCUUUGAUUUUCUAUUUGUUGUGUAGAAAGUUACACAUUAAAAUAUGAUUAUUACAUUAUAUUAUCAUUAAACUAGUUACU